AAACUCUGGGAAGCAAACUCUGAGAGUACGCCUUUGUAAUAAUUUUUCUCACAAAAGUACCCUCCGUUACUCAUUUAAUUUACAAGCUAAACCCACUCCAUCUUCCUAGUCCCAGUGUUCUUUUCCAAACUCUUAAAGCUUCCCACCAAAAUAAGUUCGUCCUUCUUCAAUCUUUAUUCAUAGGCCCCUUUUAUAGACGAAUUCAGAUUUUCCUAACCGCUUUUGUAAUCCUCCAAAGUUUAAAGCUUUCAAUUUCUCCUUCGAAUCCUUUUUCCAUUUGUUUGGCUGUGGAGGAAAAAAGAAAAAAAAAAAAAAAAAAAAGUCCAUAGACAAUGGUGGUUUCAUGGGCUACAAGAACUUGUAUGCCAAUUCCACUUCCUCUGCAUGCAGCUGCGGUCCCUACUGCUCCAACUUCUAGCUGCACCACCAAUCUAUUUAGAUUAUAUGGUCCCAGUAGAGGCCCAUUUAGUUUCUAUAUCGUCGAAAAACAACCAAAAAUGAGAACUUUUGCUGUGGAGCCGAACCAAGUAUCAGUUUUUCAAACCCAUCAAGGAAAUUGGGAAGAUCCUGAUGACGGCAGUGCCAGUGAAUACGGUGAAGAAGAUGAAGAAGUGGAAGAAAAUGACUUGGAUUAUGAAAGCGACUGGGAAGAAGAGAAAGACGACCCAACUGCAACUACAGCUACUGUUGAAAAGACUUCAGCGAACAAGUACGAAGAGGAUCUUGUGAAAGAGAUUGAACAACUUUUGGAACCAGAAGAACUAGCAAUUUUGCAACAGUCUGCUACUUUCAACCUUGAUAAGAUAUCAUCGGCAAAAUGGAGCCCACUCCAUACUCUUGCACUAUCAGGGCAGAUUAGCUUCAUGGACAGUCUAAUUGAUCAAGGGAUAGAUAUUGAUUGUGUUGAUAAGGAUGGUCUAACUGCUCUUCACACAGCAAUCAUAGGCAAAAAGGAAGCUGUUAUUAGUCAUCUAUUGAGGAAAGGUGCAAACCCUCAUGUCAAAGAUAAGGAUGGUGCUACACCACUUCAUUAUGCAGUUCAAGUUGGUGCUAUGCAAACUGUGAAGCUAUUGAUAAAGUACAGAGUUGAUGUCAAUGUUGCAGAUAAUGAGGGUUGGACGCCAUUGCACGUUGCUCUGCAAAGUAGAAAUAGAGAUAUAGCAAAAAUUUUGUUAGUCAAUGGUGCAGAUAGAACCAGAAGAAAUAAGGAUGGGAAAACACCAUUGGACCUCAGCCUUUGUUAUGGAAAAGAUUUCAAGUCUUAUGACCUUGCUAAGUUAUUGAAGGUGGUGCCAGAAAGAGAUCUUUGACAUUGGUGAUGCAGAAGUUUUAAGAUUCCAAACCUCAAGGAAAAUACUAAUUUUUCAACUCCUGUAGUGUCAUAUCUGAAAAUAUACGAAAUCUAUGAUAGGAUGCUAUAUGUGUACUCCCUAGUUUAAUGAGAAAUGUGUAGCAAUUUGUUGAUAAAUUAGUUCUUGAUAUCGAGCACUAGUAAUUUACUACUGAGAAGAGAGCUAGUUUAUUAUUAUAA